GUUUCUUUUCUCUUUCACACCCUCGACUCCAGACCUUCAGGUGGAGUGUCGCACGCUAUUCAAAAAUCACGACAACCUCUUACCCUGAUAUUUGAAGGGAACGCCAUACCUAAUCUCUAAAUAAGGACGCGACAGCCAACGUCUUGAAGGCGGAUCACCAUGGCUUCGAACGACGACCUCAAGGCCCACGCGGCCUCCACUGAAGACUUCUACGCCCUCCUCGACAUCUCACCUGCGGCCGCAGAAUCCGAAAUUCGCCGCGCGUACCGUCGAACAGCUCUGAAAUACCACCCGGAUAAAAUCGCGAACCCGACUCCUGCAGAUAUCGACAAGUUCCACGUCCUCCAAAUCGCCUACGAUGUGUUAUCCGAUCCUUCGGUGCGACAGCUCUACGAUAAUGCGCGUGAGGCGCGCGAGCGCAAGAAGCGCGAACGGGAUAUGAUGGAUGCGGCGAAGAGGAAGAUGAGGGAAGACCUGGAGGCCAGGGAGCGCGCUGGUGCUGCGGCUAUGGGUGGCACGGCGCAACGGGGCGUGAAACGGCCGUGGAUGGGCGCCGAUGCCGGUGGCGAUGAUGCCGAAGCCAAGCUGCAGAGAGAGAUCGAUCGGAUUGCAGAGGAUGGACGGCGACGACGACGCGAGGCGGAGGAACGUUUGAAACAGGAAAUGGAAGAGGAAGAGAAGUUGAUGCGUCAGGAGGAAGAGGAGGCACAACGCGCGGCAGACAGGAGCAGCCAGAAAGUCGAUCGCUCGAAAGAAGGCGGUGCAAACGUCCCAGAAUUAGAACGAGGUGUAAAGGUGCGUUGGGUGCGUGAAGGACGGGGUGCGGACCUGGACAAAGAUCGGUUGAUGUCGCUGUUUGCUUCAUUCGGCAAGAUCGAAAACGUCUUGCUUCUCAAGGAUAAGCGACAACGUCUCGGGGAUAGCCGCGAGAAGAAGACGAUAGCGACAGGAGUGGUGAUAUUCGCUUCCAUCGUCAGUGCCCACUCUGCUGUCCUGGAUAGUGAGAAGAGGAUCCGUCAGAGUGCUCAAGCAGACAGCGACUGGUCUGCUAUCGAAUCGGUCUUCUGGGCAUCAGGUAACCAACCCGAUCUGGGCGCCGAAGCCAACGGUCACUCUGCCUCCACAUCAUCCGAAGAGAGCACUGCAUCCAAAUCCCAAGGGCCAGCUCCUUCAGCCGCCCCAUCAAAACCAUCCUUCAACUUCCCGGGUCUCAAGUCAGCAUCGUCUGGUGCUGCCGGUAAACAACCUGGAAAAGCCCCAUCCUUCGGAUCCUUUGCUUCCGCAGCAGCAAAGUCAACAAAACCCGCGCCUGCUGGCUCGACCAAUGGCUCGGGUACCCUCAGCUUGGAAGAAGUGACGUUAAUGCGAUUGAAGAACGCACAGCGAGAGAAGGAACGCAAGGCCCUCGAAGAACAGCUCAGAAAGGAAGACGAGGCUGCAGAUGCCGCGGAGGCUGCCGCGGCCGAAGCCAAGGUAUGAUUGACAUCGUGUGUACAUUUGAGGAGUUUUGGUCGGACGACGUCAAUGAAAAGCACCAGGUGUUGUGUCAUGUAUUCAUAGACAAUUUUAUAGCAUAGAUACCCUCGCAUUCAUAUCAC